UGCAGUUGUACUAGUCCAGCCUUUUUGAAGCUUUAUCAACCUCGUGCUGAGUUUGUGCAAUAUCAGUUUGUGGGGUGAAGUGUGCUGUGCUAGUGAUUAUAUUUGGUUGAUCUACUCCUUGAAACCAGUUGCGUUUAUUCAUAUAUUUCGGGCGUCUUUUUAUGAGUAAUCAAAAGCAGCAGAAGCCAACGCUAACAGGCCAGCGUUUUAAGACUCGAAAGAGAGAUGAAAAGGAGAGAUUUGACCCUACACAGUUUCAGGAGAGCAUUGUACAAGGAUUAAAUCAAACUGGCACUGAUUUAGAGGCUCUUGCCAAGUUCCUAGAUUCCUCUGGAGCCAAGCUCAAUUAUCGUCGCUAUGCAGAAACCCUGUUUGAUAUCUUGGUGGCUGGUGGAAUGCUGGCUCCGGGAGGUGCCUUAUCCGACGACAUGACUCUGACUAACUUCUGUCUCUUCACAGCACCAGAAGAUUUUAAGACCAUGAAAGCAUAUGCUCAGGUUUUUAACAAGUUAAUCCGGCGUUACAAGUACCUGGAGAAAGGUUUUGAAGAGGAGAUUAAAAAGCUGCUCCUGUUUUUAAAAGGGUUCACUGAGUCUGAGCGCAACAAGCUUGCCAUGCUCACUGGCAUUUUACUGGCUAAUGGGAGCCUAUCAGCUUCAAUCCUUAGCAGCCUCUUUAAUGACAACUUGGUCAAAGACGGUGUGUCUCCGGCCUUUGCUGUGAAGCUGUUUAAAACGUGGAUCAAUGAGAAGGACAUUAACUCUGUGGCUGCCAGUCUGCGUAAGGUUGGCAUGGACAACAGGUUGAUGGAGCUGUUUCCAGUGAACAAGCGAAGCCAUGACCACUUCUCAAAAUACUUCACUGACGCUGGGCUUAAGGAGCUCUCUGAUUUUGCACGCAACCAGCAGUCGUUAGGAGCUCGCAAGGAGCUUCAGAAAGAGCUACAAGAGCAGAUGUCUCAAGGGGUUUCUUUUAAAGAGAUCAUUGUGUAUGGCAAGGAAGAAAUGAAGAAGAGUGGCAUCUCUGAGCAGAUGAUGACUGGUAUCAUGUGGACCAGUGUCAUGAGCUUAGUGGAAUGGAAUAAGAAAGAGGAACUGGUCGCUGAACAAGCCAUUAAACAGUUGAAGCAACAUAGCCCCCUUCUGAAGGCCUUCACCACACAGGGCAUGUCUGAGCUCACUCUGCUGCUGAGAGUUCAAGAGUACUGUUACGACAACAUCCACUUCAUGAAAGCCUUCCAGAAGAUUGUUUUGCUGCUCUAUAAAGUGGAUGUUUUGAGUGAAGAGGCUGUUCUUAAGUGGUAUACUGAAGCUCACCUAGCCAAAGGAAAGAGUGUCUUCCUGGAGCAGAUGAAGAAGUUUGUGGAGUGGCUGAAAAAUGCUGAAGAGGAAUCGGAGUCUGAGGAAGAAACGGACUGAGACUGAAGCCAGGUUGCUUCAUUCUGGAAUGAGAAACAAUAGUUCGGACUGUAGAUGGUUCUCUUGUAACCAAGUCGCCUGGUCUAGAUCACUUUAGUGCUUAAUUAACAUGACUGUUUUUAAUUUUUUUUUUUUUUUUUUAGAAAGAAUUGUUACUUUUUUUUAAGGUUGCAAUUGCAGUCAAUAUCAAGGAAGAAUGACUUGUUCUCACAUCUAUGGAACUCUUGUCUAAGACCUUUUUAAGAUGUUAAUGAAAUUGUUCUGGGUGUUUAAGUACAGUGCCGCCAGUGUGAUUUAAUGUUUUGUCUUUACUUUUAUAAAAAUAAAGAUAUUGUUGCUAGUCCAUCUUCAGGAGUUCUUUAAUUUUUGAUGUGUUAUUUCUUGUGACACACUGGUUGUCUGAAUGUUGUGGUUUAUAUGUCUGUCAUGAUAAAAUAAGGAGUUUAAUUGAGAUAAAUUGGCAUACAACAUCUCGAAAGCCAUAAGCACUGCAUGAUUCAAAUGUUAUUUUGCUAACACUUUACAAUAAGGUUUCAUUAAACAUCAGGAAACUACAAGUUAACAGGAACAAUACUUAUGCAGCAUUUAUUAAUCUUAGUAAGUACAGAAUUUACUUAUAGAAAUGUUGUAUCUGUUAACCUUGAAUGGAAAUGAAUGGACAUUAACAUAGGUUAACCCUCAAGCAUUUAUAUAGCAGCACUUAAUUUGUCCUUUAUGGACCAAUUUGGGCACGAAGGUCUCAAGUGUGAUGCCUUUGUGUGUGUCAUCUGUAAAAUUAAAAACCAUCAAUUUCUGUAAUUGUGUUUUUUUUUUUUUCAGUAAAAAAAAUGUAAACAAAUUCAAGUAAGUUCAGACAGCCAAAACCUCACAUACCAAUGAUAGUAUAAAAAUAUGAAUAGCCUCUAUAUGGCUGUAGUACUUAAUGCCUGCAUAUGCUGAAAUCUAUAAACCAUUGUUGUAACAAACUUAACUUCUUAGGUUUUAGAUUUUAUCAAAAGUUAAAAUUGUAGAAUUAUUAAAAUAUAUAUAUACAUUAAAAAAAACUGUGUUGGUGUUUGUGUUGGGUGAGAUUAUACAAAGAUGCCAAAGUAUGCUUACAGACAAAUCUGACCAUGCUAUAAGGAAAUGACAAAUAGGAGACAGAGUUACUUAUUUCUAAUAAAUAUUUCUCUAAUAUUUUCUUUGGGUGUAUGUUUAGAUGACAAACUUAGGAAAAGUAGUCAAGGUUUUUAAUCGUUCAGAUUAAGGAAACUAUAUAUAUAUAUAUAUAUA